UCUCUCUGGUUCUGUCUCUUUAUCUCUUCUUACUCUUUUCCAUCCCCUCCAUCUCUGUCUCAAUUUUUUAUCCAUUUCUAUCUUUAUUGCCAUUUUCUAUCUCUUUGGUCUAUCCUUUCUCACUUUGUCUCUAUGCCUCUGUGUGUUUUUUUCUUCCUGCCUUUCUCUUGCCCUCAUCUCUCUGUCUCUAUGUCUGUGCCUCCUCCAUUACCCCUAUUUGCAGGUUCGGCCCAGCAGGUCAACUGAUGGAGUCCCCCAUCCAGUACUGGACUGGCUGACUCCAUAGGGUUGGGAGCAGCCUCUGCCCCUCAUUAUGGCCAACACUACUGGAGAGCCCGAGGAGGUGAGCGGCGCACUGUCUCCGCCAUCAGCAUCGGCUUAUGUAAAGCUGGUGCUGCUGGGACUGAUCAUGUGCGUGAGCCUGGCGGGCAAUGCCAUCUUGUCGCUGCUGGUGCUCAAGGAGCGUGCCCUGCACAAGGCUCCUUACUACUUUCUACUGGACCUGUGCCUGGCCGAUGGCAUCCGCUCUGCCGUCUGCUUCCCGUUUGUACUGGCUUCUGUGCGCCAUGGCUCCUCAUGGACUUUCAGUGCACUCAGCUGCAAGAUUGUGGCCUUUAUGGCUGUGCUCUUUUGCUUCCAUGCGGCCUUCAUGCUGUUCUGCAUCAGCGUCACCCGCUACAUGGCCAUUGCCCACCACCGCUUCUACGCCAAACGCAUGACACUCUGGACAUGUGCAGCUGUGAUCUGCAUGGCCUGGACCCUAUCUGUGGCCAUGGCCUUCCCACCUGUCUUCGAUGUGGGCACCUACAAGUUUAUCCGUGAGGAGGACCAGUGCAUCUUUGAGCAUCGCUACUUCAAGGCCAAUGACACACUGGGUUUCAUGCUUAUGUUGGCUGUGCUCAUGGCAGCUACACAUGCUGUCUACGGCAAACUGCUCCUCUUUGAGUAUCGUCACCGCAAGAUGAAGCCAGUGCAGAUGGUGCCGGCCAUCAGCCAGAACUGGACAUUCCAUGGUCCUGGGGCCACUGGCCAGGCUGCUGCCAACUGGAUCGCUGGCUUUGGCCGUGGGCCCAUGCCACCAACCCUGCUAGGUAUACGGCAGAAUGGGCAUGCAGCCAGCCGGAGGCUGCUGGGCAUGGACGAGGUCAAGGGUGAAAAGCAGCUGGGCCGCAUGUUCUACGCAAUCACACUGCUCUUCCUGCUCCUCUGGUCACCUUACAUCGUGGCCUGCUACUGGCGAGUGUUUGUUAAAGCCUGCGCUGUGCCCCACCGUUACCUGGCCACCGCUGUUUGGAUGAGCUUCGCCCAGGCUGCUGUCAACCCGAUCGUCUGCUUCCUGCUCAACAAGGACCUCAAGAAGUGCCUGAGGACUCAUGCCCCCUGCUGGGGCACAGGAGGUGCCCCGGCUCCCAGAGAACCCUACUGUGUCAUGUGAAGCAGGCUGGUAGGCAGACAGACAGGGAGUAGGUCAUGGCCACCAUGAUGGGGCCAACAGAAAGGGAGGAGUAGGGGCCCAUAUAGGAGCCUUUCUUCCUGAGCUCCAGCUCCAGCCCCUCAAACCACCCAGAAUCUAGCACCUUUGCCAACUCCUCCCCACCUGUGGGGGACUUGGGAAGGGGUGUUUCUAGUUCUAGGGCCUGUCUCUGCUGCCUCUUUUUCCACUUCUACAAUCAAUCAGAAUCAAUCAGUCUCUCUCUCUUUCUCUCUCUCUUUCUCCCUCCAAUUCAGAAAAAGAAAACAAACUGAAAAUGCAGGUUUUUCUACUAACAGCUAAGGAGUCAGGCUUUCUUGCUUUAAUGUCUCUCCUUCUGACAUUGUCCAGAAUGGGGAAAUUUAUCCUGUAAAAUAGACUUCCAGAUCUCUUCUGGCCCCCUCUGCUCCCAUGCACCCUCCCCUUCCAAGUCCUUUAGCAAGGCCUGGAUAUUUAGGGAGAAAUUGAUCUGUUGACAAGAGGGACCAAAGGGGGUGCAGGUUCCCCAGGGAGCAGGGAUGUUUAAUUGCUAUGUUGUGUGCAAUGUUGUUUUAGGCUAACCCUGGUCCCAAGCCCAGUCUCCUCUUGCUUCCCACUAUGUCCAGACAUCCCAAGUGUUUCUUGAGCAUCUGUCUGAGAAGCCAGGAGAGGAGGGAGAAGGCCCCCCAGGAUGGGCCCAGGCUAGGUGAAGAGCAGGAUGUGAGCUGCACACCUGGAGCUGAAGAUAUGAGCUUAGCUGUGUUCUCUCAAGCUGCCUCCUGGAUUCCCAGGCUCCAUCUCUUCUUUCUGAGGAUGGAAAUCCACUUCAGUCCCACUAGGGCUGAUGUGGGUACCAUACAGGCAGGAGCAGCCCCCCAGGGAAGUGUGGGGAGAUAGUCGAACUCCCCAGAGUAGCUGGGUCCCAGAGCCUGGCAUCAGAGGGGAAUUCAAACCCAGAAUUGUCUCCUGAGUUCACACUACUCUCCCAAAGAUGAAAAUUCUUUUGGGGCCUUGGCAUCUCAUCGUGGAUAAGCUCCAAGGUACUGUGGAUUUGAGUUCAUUUCUAUCUGACCUCUUUUUGUCCUCCUUAAGCCUCAGGGGCCUCAAGCCCCUCCCUUGGUCUUCUGGGCCCUCAACUCCUGACUUCCUUCCCUCCACCCUUCCCUCCACCCAAAGUGGAACAGACUAGCCAGAUUCCCCAGGUGGGUGAUUCCCAAGCUUCCCUCCCAGGGCAGAGUCCACUCUGGGAUCACUCCAAGGCCAGUUCUUGUGGACUGGAGAUCCAAGCUGGCACUCCUUUUACCUGGUCUUGCCCAGGUUCUCUAUCCCCUUCUCAUUCCCUGGGUGGAGGGGGGAGAACUAUAUUUAUCCUUUCCCUUGCCUAUUGAAACCCUUGUCCUAAGUUCCUGCCCUACCCUAACAUGGCCCCAGAAGUGGAGAAGCCUUGACCCCCAGGAGAAUGGGGAGGGCACUCUAAGCAGGAGAGACAUUAAUAAGCCUGGCUAUGGAGUUGCCCUGGAAAGGCAGGCCAGAGUGGCUGAGAGGCUGGGGUGGGGGGUUACCUGUUCUCUCAGUGAUAGUGAUGGGGGUGCCUUUUCCAGGGGGUGGGGUGGGGGGAUCACAGGGGUGGGGGUAGAUAGGGUGCAUUCAGGAGGGUUUUCCUCCAUUUCUUUUUUCUAACUGCCUGGAUUCACCAUUGGAUUUUGUAAAUGGAAAACUGAAAUGAACAAUGCUAUAUUGGAUGUUUUCUCUUUCUGACUGUGUGUAUGUGUGUGUGUCUGUGUGGUCUGUGUGUCUGUGUGUCCUGUCUGCAUGACCACAUGUGGAGAGGUAUGAUCGAGUGUGACAGUGUGUCUGCGUGACUUUGUGUGGGGAGGCACCCCUGCUUGGUACACACAUGUGAGUAAAUGCCUGUAUGUGGAGACAUAUGGCAUGCACACACAUACAUGUAUGCACCUAAUUGAAAGGAGACAAACUAUAUGUGCCUGCAGUGGAAGGAGAGUGGUUGGAGAGAUGGAACUUGAAAACCGUAUGCAUGUAUGUAGCAGGAGGGAGACUCCUAUCUCAUCAUGUCUUCCUCCCUUGGUCCAUACUCUGAACAUGGCAGAUAGAAUACUUGAGAACCCCAUCUCUUCCCAAAGCCUGGAGCCCCCAGGUACCACUUUGAACUCCUGAAUCAAUCUCCUUUCCAAAACACAAACAACGUGUUCCUGAAAGUGGACCACCA